CAGUUCUUAGUCUCGCCUUUAAUUACAUACACUCAAUAGACACAGCUGGGACAAUUCAACAUGAUUUUAAAUAAAUCAGCCGUCGUAGCAUCAUCAAUACUACUGGUACGCGAAAAGUCUCAGUAUUAUCGUUGCUGUACUACAUUGAAUAGAGCGGUAUUUCUUGUCGGAUCAGUGACAUCAAUCAGAAAUAUGUCUCAACAAAGUAUAAAAGAAAAAUUCCGUUUGCCGGCUCGUUUGGAAGGAAGUAAAAAGAGUAUGUGGACGGAAUACAUUGAAUUGGCGAUCAAACAUAAGCCGUUAGACCUUGGCCAGGGAUUCUGUGACUAUCCCGUGCCGAGUUACAUCACGGAUGCAUAUACAAAUGCUGCUAAAAAUGACCAUCUACUGCACCAAUAUACUCGAGGAUUCGGUCAUUUAAGAUUGGUUCAGGCGAUCAGCAAAUUGUACUCAAAUCUAGUCAAUCGUCCGAUUGAUUUCCGAAAUGAGGUGUUGAUUUCGAGUGGAGCGUAUCAGGCGAUAUAUACGGUCAUUCACGGGCAUGUUGAUGUUGGUGAUGAAGUCAUAAUUGUGGAACCAUUUUUCGAUUGCUAUGAACCAAUGGUGAAAAUGGCUGGUGGAAUUCCACGCUUUAUUCCGCUCAAGCCGAAAACCAGCUCCGUUACAUCCACCGCUGAUUGGGUAUUGGACGUCGACGAAUUGGAAAACAUUUUCAGCAACAAGACGAAAAUGUUCAUUUUAAACAAUCCGAACAAUCCACUGGGCAAGGUAUUUACAGUGAAUGAGUUGAAGAAAAUUGCAGAGCUGUGCAUCAAAUACAAUGUGUUAUGCUUGUCGGAUGAGGUAUACGAGUGGAUUACAUACGAUGGAAAUGAAAUGAUUCGUAUGUGCACUUUGGACGGAAUGUGGGAAAGAACGAUAACGGUUGGUUCGGCUGGUAAAACUUUUUCAACGACUGGUUGGAAAAUUGGGUGGUCAUUUGGUCCAGAGAAUUUAAUGACGAAUAUGCAAAUGGUUCAUCAAAAUUCGGUCUACACAUGCUCGACGCCGAUCCAAGAAGCAUUGGCUAUUGCAUUUGAAACAGAACUACUGCGCCUGGGUACGAACGAAUGUUAUUUCAAUGCAUUGCCGCAAGAGCUUCAAAAGAAACGUGAUUUUACGGCUGCAUUUUUACGAGACAUUGGAAUGAAUGUGAUCAAUCCACAGGGCGGGUAUUUUUUGAUGGCCGACUGGAGUUCAUUAGCCGAUAAAUCUGAUUUGACUACGGAAAGUGACACACAUCGUGAUUAUCGAUUUACAAAGUGGAUGAUAAAGAACAUCGGCAUUCAAGGCAUUCCGCCAAGUGCAUUUUAUGCAGACGGUCAUAAGCACUUGGGUGAGAACUACGUUCGCUAUUGCUUUUUCAAAAAUGAUGACUAUCUGCAAAAGUGUGCUGAUUUGUUGAAUAAAUGGAAACACAACUUUUAAAGUCCUAUUCAGCAGUAUAGAAAUGUAAUGCAAAUACGAAAGUCUUUACUGUCACAUGCAAUGUUUAACCGACCCUCAAAUUACAGAAUUUUUUUUCGGAAAUUCACAAGACCA